AUGGGAAGCAAUACCAUCUACUUCACAACAAGGCAAGGUCUCCUCUGCUCUCAACACAAACCUCAUAAGAUACCAGUCAUCAUGGCGUGGGUACUGUCCAACACAGCUACAAGUGCCACCACUCCAGAGCAUAAAGAUCAGCUCCCCAACCCUUUUGAGCUUCAAGACUCUCAAAUCCGCCACAAAGUUUAUCUCACCCAUGUCAAUGAUGACAAGGAGUUCGAUAGGGAUAUCCUUUUCACCCUUGUGUCCAACACUGUCAACUCGACCUCAGCUCAACUUUCAGCAGCUACUACUUCUGUUACAAGUUUAAAACCAGACUUCCCUACACUGAAGCGGCUUUCUUGUCAGAUGAUAACCACACGUGGCACUCCAGAAUGUGCACACCAGACAGCACUAAGGAUUCUUCAGCAACUGAGUGGCUUCUCGUGGGAUGCGAAAGCACUGAUAGCAGUAGCUGGUUUCUCUUUAGAAUAUGGGGAGUUUUGGAGGCUUGAUCGGGUUCAAGCCGCAGAUCAAUUUGGGAACUCACUGAAGCAGCUGAACCAAGUCCAAAUCAGCAGAAGGGUCCCUGCAGAUAUGAUUGAUCUGGUCACAGUUUUAGGAGAAGUGCUUAGUUACAUCAAUCUGUGGGCAAAAUGGUCUGCCAUGGAUUACGACACAGAGGCUGUGCAUUCCUUGCAAGCUGCCAUGCAAGAGAUCCCUCUUGUUGUGUACUGGACAAUUGCUUCCACUGUUGCUUCUAUUGGCAACCUUGUCGGUAUAUCGGAGCAUAAAUUAUCAGCAUAUAAAGAAAGGCUUGAAUUCAUUUUUAAAAAGUUGCAGUUUCACCUGGAGAAUUGCAGAGUGGAAAUAGGAAGGAUUCAAGAUUACCACAUCCGUUUCAACAUUAGAUAUCCUAAAAUUAAAGAUGUUGUAGAGCUGUUGGAUAUUCUGAUUAUUCCGGGUUCUGACAAUGGGACUUCGAUACCCAAAAUAUUUGAAGGCGGCGUCCUAAUUAAAAAUGGUAUUGAAGUGUUCAAGCAAAAAUAUGUGAUGCUGUUCUUUUCGAGCCUAGACAGCAUUGGAGAUGAGAUCUUGCUUUUGAAUUCCAUCAAUAACGGGUUGCAAGAGAACCCAGGAGAAGAAAUAAAAGGUUUCAAAAAAGGGGAUUUCAAGAUUUUGUGGAUCCCCAUUGUGGAUGACUGGAAGAGUAAGAGGGAGCAGUUUACUAAUUUGAAGGAAAAGAUCAAAUUCUACCUUGUGGAGUACUUUGAAGAGUUACCAGGAUAUGAUAUAAUAAUGGACAAAUUUAAAUACGAAGGCUUGCCUAUUGUGUCUGUGGUCAACCCUCAAGGUCAGAUAAUGAAUGAGAAUGCAUUGCAGAUUAUUUUUGAAUGGGGGAUCGACGCCUUUCCUUUUAGGCGAAGUGACGUUUAUGAUCUCAACAAAAAAUGGAAAUGGUUUUGGAAUUUGUUGGAGCAAACCGAUGAUAAUGCAAAGCGCUUGGGGAAGGAUAAUACUAGUUACGCCUUCAUCUAUGGAGGUAACGACAGUAGUUGGGUGCAGAACUUCAAGAUCGCAAUUGGAAAAAUUGAGAAGCAUGUGAUCAACAAUGUGGACAUAAACAUAGAGCCCUAUCAGUUGGGGGAGAGUAACCCUGACAAUGUUCCUUCAUUUUGGAUCGGCCUUGAUGGGAAGAAGAAGAACAAAGGGUGCAAGGACAAAGUGGACUGCGAAAUUCAAGAAGUUGUGAGGACCUUGCUUUGCCUCAAACAAGACCCUUCAGGAUGGGUUGUUCUUAGUAGAGGGCGUAACUUGAAGAUUCUGGGUCAUGCUGAGCCUAUGUAUCAAACUGUGCUUGAUUUUGAGAAGUGGAAAAACAAAGUGCUUGAGAAAGAAACCUUUGAUGUGGCCUUCAAAGAAUAUUAUGAUGUGGUUAAGGAGAAAUAUGCUAGUCUCCCAUAUGAUCAUACUUCAAGUGUCCUAGCAACAAUAACUUGCCCAAAUCCCUUGUGUGGGCGCGUGAUGGAGGUUACAUCAAUUAAUUACAGGUGCUGCCAUGGUAGUGCAAACAGCUGCAAUCUCUGAUUUCUCUCGAGGACCAACAAGUAUCUUCCAAAGUUUGUGUUGCUUAAACAUGAAGUUUCACUUCAACUUUUGUUUGUUUACUUCAUAUAUAUGCUUGUGUCUAGACGAAUGCAUUGUGUCCUAUGUAUCCACUUUGUUCGCCCUUGAAUGGGUCGGAACUAAAUAAUGGCUCCUUUUCCUGCA